AUGGUGGAGACCAUGGCGAGCGAGGAGGGACAGGCAUCUCACGAUCAGACUGUCUCCCUCGAUGCCGCCCUGAAGCUUGCAGAAGGAGCUCGAAACGAGGAGAAAGUGCUUGGAGCAACGUUAGCCCUGCGGCACCACAGCGAGUUGCUUGUGGACGCGGCUGGCGGCCGCAAACCGCGCCAGCGUCUUCGAGCCGCCGUGGUGGACGCCGACGCCACCUUCAUUUGCAGGCUACUCCAGUCCUCACUGCCGCUUCAGCGCCUUGCGCUGGGCCUACUUCGGGUGUUGUUGGCCGGUGACGACCGAGAAGCCGAGGAGGCCUCGGCAGAGCUGGGGCUCUGCGCGAAGUGGCUGGUGGAAGCCUGCGCCGGCGCAGCUGCAGAAGUUCGGCCUGCAGCUGGUGCAACCGCUUCAAAAGAGGCUUCCCAGGAGAGAUUUGGCACAGAGGAGCUGUGCGACACCUCCGACCUCCUGCAGCGACUCCUCGAUUUGUCUGCGCCGAGCACCGAAGUGGAGGCCGGUGGGGCUGCCGUACAGACCGAUGCCCGAGCAGACAUUGCAAAGGAGUCGUGCCGGCUGUUGUCCAUGUUGUUGCCUGGCGGCAAGCUGGCAGCUCUCCUUUCCAAGGAGGUGGCGUGCAAGAGCUUAGCUCUUGCAGAAUCGCUUCUGCUGCGCUGUCAAUUCCUCCAACGUCCACCUCCACAGGAAGCUUUUGCUCUUGCAGAGUCAGUUGUCGUGGCGGAGAGUCUGCGUGGCAGCUCUGAACAAGCUGCGGCUCUUGGCCUCCUCACAGCGGGUCAGAGCCAGGCGAAGAGGCAAGUCAUAGAGCGGUGGGAAGAGGUGAUCGGAGCCUCGGUGGGGGGCGGUGCUCCUGCGCAGCAUGCUCUGCUGCAGCUCGUGGCGGAAGCUCUCCCUGCGUGGGGCCUCGGGCUAGGAGCUGGCUCCAAGAGCUCGAGCUCUCCCCUCUCGCGGCUGAAGCCCAUCUUGGUAUUGGCUGCCGGGGAGCUACGCAUGGGCUUGGAAGGGUACGGAACCCAAGAAGGCCUUUGCGCGGCCUGCAUGAUGCUUGAAGCCGCCAUCGUGGCUCUUGGCAAGGAGGCCGAGGCCUUGGAAAGCAGCAACCUCGAAGAGGUCUCCAACAGCCUGCGCGAGCUGCACCGGGCAGUUCAGGAUAUCUACGAUUUCUUGGCCGAUCUCCCGCGCGAUCUGGCGACGCCGCCGAAGGAGCUGCCCAUGGUGGCUCGCGUGGUAGCUGCUUUUCAAGUUGAGGACCCUCGCCAAUUCUCGGCGGAGUUUCAGCGAAACCUUUGGGCACUUUGCCUGCUGCCACCGUCCGAGUUCCAGGUGCUCCUGCCUUGUCUUCAAGAACUUCAAGACUGGCAGGCGACCCCUGGCUUUGGCAAGGUUCUCGAGACGGCUACUUGGGGUUUGGGCUUGUCCUUGCGCGGGGAUCCUGUCGGGCUCGACCUCGAAGGUCUGGAGGAUGCGCAGCUGAGCGAGUCCCCCGAGGUGUGGCGCCAGUGCUCCCUGAUGCUGGCGGAAGUCGCACUUGACGCUGCUGUCUAUUUGCCUGACGUCUCCAUCCCAGAGCUCUCCAUAGACGAGGCCACGCUGCUUCUGCCCUCCGGAUGCUUUCAGGAGAUCCUCAUACUGUAA